GCUGCGCAUUCUAAGAUGCCGAACGCUGAUUGGCUGAAACAGACCAGGCAGAACCGGCGUACAUCCAAGGGCUCAUCCCCUUCGUGCACCCUCACAGUCGGGCUGUCAUUUCCAGUUCAGGGCUUCUACCCGUGUGACGCGCACCGCAUAGCUAUGGAGAACCGCAUUGAGGGCGAUCGGGGCGACUUGUUUGCUAGGUUCAACAAGCCCUUCAAGUCGUUCGCCACCGAUGCCAUCCACGUGGGUCAGGAGCCGGAGCUAUGGAACUCCAGGGCCGUGGUGCCGCCGAUAUCGCUCUCAACCACGUUUAAACAGAGCGAACCAGGAAAGCAUUUUGGCUACGAAUACAGCCGCAGUGGAAAUCCUACAAGAGAUUGUCUUGAGAAAGCCGUGGCAGCACUGGAUGGGGCAAAGCACAGCUUUGCCGUGGCUUCAGGGCUUGCUGCCACAGUGACCAUCACUCACAUGCUGAAGGCGGGAGAUGGAAUCAUCUGCAUGGAUGAUGUUUAUGGAGGUACCAACCGCUACUUCCAAAGAGUGGCUGCUGAAUUUGGGCUGCAGAUCACCUUAGUGGAUUGUACCAAACCAGAACUACUCGAAGCAGCUCUGAAGCCCAACACAAAAAUGGUGUGGAUUGAGACGCCAACCAACCCCACCAUGAAAGUUGUCGACAUCAGGGUUUGUUCCGAGUUGGUCCACAAUCACAACAAAGACAUUGUGGUUGUGGUAGACAACACCUUCAUGUCUGCCUACUUCCAGCGCCCUUUGGCUUUAGGGGCGGAUAUUUGCAUGUACUCAGCCACCAAAUAUAUGAAUGGUCACAGUGACGUGGUUAUGGGCCUGGUGUCAGUCACACGAGAGGAUCUGUAUGAGCGACUGAAGUUUCUACAGAAUGCUCUAGGGGGCGUGCCAUCCCCUUUUGACUGCUACCUGGUCAACCGCGGGCUGAAGACAUUGCAUCUGCGCAUGGAAUGCCACUUCAAGAACGCCAUGGCCGCAGCCAAGUUUCUCGAGGGUGAUUCAAGAGUGGAGCGUGUCAUCUACCCAGGUCUGCCUUCUCACCCACAGUAUGAUGUGGUGAAAAAACAAUGCACGGGAUGUCCGGGGAUGAUCUCCUUCUACAUUAAAGGAAAACUCCAAAAUGCCAUCAGCUUUCUCAAGAGUCUUAAGGUGUUUGCCGUGGCCGAGAGUCUUGGUGGUUAUGAAAGUUUAGCAGAGCAUCCGGCAAUUAUGACUCAUGCUUCAGUGCCCGAGAAAGAAAGGAUCAUCUUGGGCAUUAGUCAUACUUUGAUCCGGCUCUCUGUGGGACUGGAGGACAAGGCGGACAUCAUUGAAGAUCUGAAUCAGGCACUUGCUGCUGCUUUUCCUAAUAAAGACAUCAAAGUCUUUGCAAGGCCAGCAGAUGGCCCCUCGACAAGCGUCUUCCCAGAAUCCUCCUCUCAGAAUCCACUGAAGAAUUAAAAGUGUCUGGAGGGCUUGCGCUUCGAGAACAACAGCAACUGUUGAAUACCAACAUGGAGUUAAGCGCACAAACAUAAAAUGUCACUUGUUCUUCAAAAGAUGCAAAUAUUUUCUUCCUCCAUCCUGAAUGUAUCACUAACCACACACGUGCUAUGAUGCUGACUCCGCUACGAGUAAAACAAAUCUCCAUCUUUCCUGUCAAGCACCUGAUUAAAGACCGCAUGGCUUUUAAUGAAUCACAAUCAUCCCCAAAACAACUGUCUGCACAUUCAUUUUGAAAUGUGUGUGCAAGAAUGACAUAUUCUUCAGUUGACUCAGUCAUGAAUGUUACAUGGGUUUUAUGCCAUUUAAUAAAAUAUUUGCUUAUUAUAUGAAUAAUUUCUCAUUUUGCAAAAUUGGACAUAUUUGGAGUAAUAAAUCAAUAUCAAAUAAAUAAUUCACAAUGUCAAGCGCCUAAACAUUUUUGCACACAACUAUGAAGAGAAACAUUAGCUAUGCAGAUGUUGUCCUGGCUGGUCCACUUUUAUUACAAUUACCCGUAACUAUUGAAGCAGGUGGUGACAACAACAUAUUGCCAUCAAGCUAUUAUUUUUAAUGUGAAAUUACAUAUUCUUGCUUUGAAGAAGUAUUCUGUCACUUACUACUGGAAAACAUCCUGCAUCAAGAGGCUUGUUAUUUCCUUAUGCUUAAAAGGGAUAAUUGCCAGUAAGAGUCAUUGAAGGAGCAACAAUCUAUUUAAAUCAGUUUUCCGUAACGUAACAGUCUGCGUGUGACUCACUUUCUAUCAGACAUCUUCCGGGACAAACACAAGGAGACUGAAUAACUUAGCGAGGAAUUUAGGCAGAUGGUGUAUAUUGGUUUUCUCAGCAUAUUUUUGCUUCCUUUCACUUUCCAAAUACGUCAUUGUUAAGUUGAAUGAAUGACUUUGCAUACUGUAUGAGAUGUGCCAAAGAAUGAGCAAUUAAUGAUUUAAAAAAAAUAAUGAUUGUAAGUCGUUCUAGCUUCAGGUUUCUGAUGAUUUAAGGAGGCAAAUGUGAAAUGUUUAAAUGAUCAAACACAAUUCUGACAAUUUGUAGCCUGUGUAUGGAUGAUGGCGAGGAGAAAAUAAACAUGAAUAUGAUCAUGUUUCACGUUGACAUGGACUGUUCAUGUAAUAAAAUAAUUUAAGGAUA